AUGUCUUAAAAUAAUAAUUAAAUAAUCUACAUUGGUAUUCGUCGUGAAGAUAAAAGCCAUUGGGAACGUAGAGUAGCUAUUAUACCAGAUCACGUAAAAUAAAUUUAAUCAAUGAACCCCCAUAUAAGAUUUAUAGUAUAACCAUGUAACAAGCGCAUAUUCUCUAACAAAGAAUAUGAAAAGAGUGGAGCAACAAUAAGUGAAGAUCUAUCUCCAUGUGUUUUAAUAGUAGGAGUAAAAGAGGUACCUAUUGAGAAAUUACUAGAUCAUAAAACAUAUAUGUUUUUUUCUCAUACAAUAAAAGCCUAACACUAAAACAUGCCUACAUUAGACAAGAUUUUAGAAAAGCACAUUCGUUUAAUUGACUAUGAAAAAAUUACAGAUGAGCAUAAUAAUAGAUUAAUUGCUUUUGGAAGAUUUGCAGGAAUCGCAGGGGCCAUAGAUUUUUUAAGUGGGUUUGGCUAGUUUUUGAUUACAAAAUAACUUUCUACUGCUUUUUUAAAUAUAAGUCUUUCUUACAAAUAUUUUAAUCUAAAAUAAGCUAACUUAUAAUUAAAAAUGGUUGGAAAACAAUUAUAAGAUUAAGAAAUUCCUUAUGAUUUAAGACCUCUCAUUUUUGCAGUCACUGGGACUGGCAGAUGUGCAAAAGGAGCAUGGGAAGUAUUAGAAAAUUUUCCAAUAAUAAAAGUAAAUCCAGAUGAUUUGGAAGCUUUAGUAUAAAAUUAGGACAAUCCUUAACAUGCUUGUCAUAUUUAUGUGUGCCAAAUAGAAGCUCAGCAUAUGGCAGAACAUAUUUAUGAAAAAGAAAACUUUAAUAAGAAAGAUUAUUAUGAAAACCCCCAUAAUUAUGUGUAGAAAUUCGCCCAGAAAUAUCUUCCCUAUAUAUCUUGCAUUUUCAAUAAUAUGUACUGGGAAAGAAAAUAUCCUAGGCUUAUAUCGGACUAAGAUAUUAAAGAAUUAGCUGAAUAAGGAUAGAGUAGAUUGCUUGGAGUUUCAGAUGUUUCAUGCGAUUUUGAAGGAUCAAUUGAAUUUUUAAAAAAAUUUACUACACCUGAUAUGCCAUUUUAUGUUUAUGAACCAAUAUCUAAGAAAAUUCACGAUGAUCUAUUUUAUAGGAAAAAUGGUAUAUUAUAUCUAGCUCUUGACUUUUUGCCUUGCGAACUUCCGUAUGAUGCCAGUUGCCAUUUUUCGAGUUAAUUGCUAAAUUGGAUAUAAAAUAUUGCCUAAAGUGAUAUUGAUAAACCUUUAGAGUAAAGUGGACUCGAAGAUUGCAUAAAAAAAGCAGUUAUUACUCAUUAAGGUGAACUUACUUAUAAAUAUAGAUAUAUUCAUAAAUUAAGAAAAGCUAAUGAAGAGGUUUUGAAAUAAGAAAAUCUUAUGAAAAGCUAAAAGUUAGGAGAAAGAGUUAUUAGUUUCUAAUCUCUUAAAAUAGAAGGACAUUUAUUCGAUACAAAUGCAAUUAAUAAAAUAUUGGAUAUUUGUUAAUAAUAUAAAAUGAAAUUCCAUGUAGCUGAAAUUAAUGCUGGAUAAACGGAUGAAUAAACUUCAAAUUUUAUUUUGUAAUUAUUUGGAUCUAAUAAAGAAAAUAUGAUAUUUGUCCUUGAAGAAAUUGAAAAUUUGGCUAAGCAGAUUAACCUUAAAAUUGAUUAAAGUAAUUAUUGA